UGUCAGUCAGUCAGUCAGUUGUGCUAGGAUUUCGAUAAGGAAAAAAUGGUGGUUCCCAAGUUAUAUAUGAUCCCGGCCAGUUAUCCGGUUCGAUCAGUAUUGAUGGUGGCAAAAGCACUUGAUGUACAGUUGGAAUUAAUUGAAGUUGAUUUGCUCAAUAAAGAACAUCUGAAGUCCGAUUUUUUAAAGCUGAACCCUUUGCAUACUGUACCGACACUUGUCGAUGAUGGAUUAGUUGUGUGUGACAGCAAUUGUAUUGCAAUGUAUUUGGCAGACAAAUACGGCAAAGACGAUAGUUUGUACCCAAGAGACUUAAAUAAGCGAACCAUGGUAAACCAAAGGUUGAUUUAUAAUGUUGGCACUUUGUUCACAAAAGCUGCUGCUAUAUCAAGGGGCGUCAUUUUGGAAGGAAUGAGAGACAUACCGACCGAUUAUGUUGAAAAUGUGCACACCGCCCUCGGUUAUUUGGAAACAUUCCUUACAGGAUCGGAGUUUGUUGCUAACAAUCAAUUGUCCAUAGCGGAUAUUUGCUUGUUGGCGCCGGUUACGUCAAUUGAGGCCUUUUUCCCCAUCACAUCGGAAAAAUAUCCGAAUAUUACUGAUUGGAUGAGACGUCUGCAGAAAGAAGACUUUUAUUCAGAAAAUAUUGAUGGGUUAGAAAAGUUUAAGUACCUUUUUAAGAAGACGUUGUCCGGAGAAUUGUUGUUGAUGUAGUAUCACCGUGAAUUUAAAUCUUAUCUACACUAUUGAUUGCAUCUUGCUAGUCGAAAAUAAAUAAACACAAUUGUAUUUUUACGCACUCUCCCUUUCCGAUGAUAUAGUACAAUUAGUGAACUUGUUUUGAUGCCAGUAAACUUUUUCAUUAUAUACUAACUAUUCAUCGACACAAAUAACCACAGAAAUUUUUAUUUAAUAAACAUUAAACACAAAAGAAUUUCUGGAAAUACA